AUGGCGAACAACGACCAAGGCAGAAAGCGUGCGCGCUCACCCUCGAGAUCGCCAUCACGGUCACCACCCCGUCAGCGAAAGCGCCCCGGAGCCGGUGCCCGAGUGUCAGCCGCCGACCGCGAAGCCGCCCGAAAGCGUGCGCAAGCGAGAGAAGAAGAGGCGGCGAGGAGGGCCCAGCAGGAAGCCGCGCAGAGAGGUGUGCACGAUGUCGUCAAGCAGCAUUACAACGCCGUCCCGGAGCGAGGCCGCGAAUGGCGCAACACAGACAGCAAGAUCAAGGGCCUGCGCAGCUUCAACAACUGGGUCAAAUCGUCCAUCAUUCAGAAAUUCAUCGGCGACGAGCGCAAUAUCAAGGUUCUCGAUGUCGGAUGCGGAAAGGGCGGAGAUCUGGGCAAGUGGGAGAAGUCGAGGAAGGUGGAGCUAUACGUUGGAUGCGAUCCCGCAGAUGUGUCGAUCAAGCAGGCCAAGGACAGAUUCGCCCAGAUGCAGAGGAAGAACCGGCGCUUGUUUCACGGCGAGUUCUACGCCAAAGACUGCUUCGGAGAGUGGCUAGGCGACAUACCCAUCAUCAAGGAAGUUGGCAUCGAUCCCGGAGCCGGCGGCGGCAAUGCUAUGAGCCAGCGCUGGGGCGGCGGUGGUUGGGACAUGGUCACCAUGAUGUUCUGCAUGCACUACGCUUUCGAGAGCGAGUCGAAGGCAAGAGGCAUGCUACGAAACGUCGCAGGUGCGCUGAAGAAAGGUGGACGCUUCAUUGGCUGCAUACCCAACUCGGACGUGCUGUCGCAAAAGGUCAUUGAGCACCACAAGGCUAAAGGCACCGCACCGCCUGACGUUGACGGCGCCGAUGACGACGACGACCGCCCCGCAUUCGCAAGUGACGACGAAGACGACUGGGACCCGGAGAAGAGUCUUGAUAGCCCCAAGCCCGCCGAUACCGAGCACGCGAACGACGACAAGCCAGACGAAUCGAAGAACAAGGAGAAGGAGAAGGAGAAGGAGAAGGCACAGGACGAACAAGAGGACGGCGAAGUAGAGGACGAGGGCUUCGGCUUCGGCAACAGCAUCUACAGCGUCAAGUUUCCAGGCAAGACACCUUCCGAUGGCACGUUCCGUCCUCCCUUUGGUUGGAAGUACUCAUACUGGCUCACUGAAGCUGUUGAAGCACCCGAGUACGUCGUUCCCUGGGAAGCUUUCCGAGCGCUGGCAGAAGACUUCAACCUCGAGCUGCAGUACCGCAAGCCCUUCAGAGAGGUCUGGGAGGAGCAAAAGGACGAUCCUAUCCUGGGUCCUCUCAGUGAGGUCAUGAAGGUCAGGGAUCGCUCGACUGGCCGACUCCUGACUUCGGAAGAAGAGUUGGAAGCGGCAGACUUUUAUCAUGCAUUCUGUUUCUACAAGGUUUAG